UUUGAAAUUGUGGUUUCUCAUACACAAGUUGGCUAAAAAUAUCUGAUAAUUGGAUCAAGAUAGAGAGCAAGUGAAACAGAGACAGUGAGGCCACCAUGGCCACCGCACUUCUUCUACACCCAACCCCAAAUUUCCUCUCACCAAUCCCUCCGACCCCAAAUCCCAGACUUCACCACUACCGCACCAAAAUACCCUUCUCGUCGUCGUCGUCGUCGUUCCGAAACGGCGGCCCAGCAGAAACAGAGUGCCCUGUUCCGCUGGAGCAGCAGCCCAUAAACGAGUACCAGAACCUCUCCACCUCCUUCCCCUUCUCGUGGGCCUCCGGCGACCUCGUCGAGUACUGCUCUCGCCUGAUCGCCACCGGCGCCUCCUUCGCGCUCUUCGUGGGCCUCCCCGUCGCCUCCUUCGGCGUCUUCGGGUCCCCAUCGGAGCCGCUCAAGCAGUCCCUCUACGCAGUUUCCAGUGGGUUUUUGGUGGUCACUCUCGCCGUGGUGAGGAUGUACCUCGGUUGGGCUUACGUCGGCAACCGCUUGCUUAGUGCCACUGUUGAAUACGAAGAGACUGGGUGGUAUGAUGGUCAGAUAUGGGUUAAGACUGCUGAAGUUUUGGCGCGUGAUCGGCUUCUCGGUUCAUUUUCUGUGAAGCCUGUGCUGAGCAGAUUGAAGUUAACGCUGGUGACUCUUGCAGCAUCGAUACUUGCAUGUGUGCUCGUCCUUCUUUACAUUGAUGGAGGCCAAAUCCAAGAAGCCGAGAAUCGCGUUAUACGUGGGGUUUACAACGAUGAUUCUGCAAGAUCGUUUGAGCCCGAUGCGUUUUGUGGUGGUGAUCCUGGUCCUCCCCAAUAACAAUAUCUCAGGCAAUUUGCCUAGAAUGCUAGUAUAUAAUCCUCUUGCUGUACAUAAAAUAUAAAUGGCUUCCUCGUGUACUUUUCUCUUCUGCAUAUUGUAAUGGAA